CAGGACAUCCAGCCUCUGUACUUGCUUCUGCUGCGAGCGCAACCUCACCUGAGCAUCAUCAUCAUCCUCCUCCUCCUCAUCCUGACAGCAAGAUGGCGACAGGGCUGUUCUACGUCGUGCUCCUGUGCCUGAGCACUGGGCUCUGGGCCGAUCCACAUCCGCAGGCAAAAGAAGAGCCAGCUCCUCCUGAAGAGGAGGACGAGUGCUGUGAGAGGUGCCCCCCCGGCUGGACUCAGCUGGGCGACAGAUGUUACAUCUUCCACUUCAGCCCGAAGGAGUGGACUGAUGCCGAGGUCGCCUGCAUCGCCAUCGGUGGGAAUCUGGCCUCAGUCCACAACAAGGAGCAACUUACCUUUAUUCAAGAGAUGAUUAAGAGGUCGACUGGUUCAUAUGUGCAAACUUGGCUCGGAGGCUACGAUGCAGUAAAAGAGGGCGUCUGGCUGUGGAGCGACGGUUCCGCAUGCAGCUUUAAGUUCUGGGCAACACAAGAGCCCAACAAUACGGCAGGAGCAGAAAACUGCAUGGCGAUGGGUAAAAGUGGUAGCGGCAAUGACCUGAAAUGCGGGAGCAAGAACGCUUAUAUUUGUGGCAAGCGCCUGUGAUGCUCCGUGGUCCCCGCUGACGAUGUCACGUCCACCAGCGACAUCGCUGCUGGAGGAGCUGCCGACCAGCGUGGUUCCUUUGAUUAACAAAUCAAUAAACAGUCUUCUCAUCAUCA